AUGUACCGUCGCCAAUUAAGCAACUUAAAUAAUCAACCCCAUUUCGAACUUUCUUCAAACAAACAGAAUGGAUAUGCUGGACUCGAGAUGACCUCCAAGAUGGCAACUGUUCAAAAGAACAAGGAAGGAUUCACUCCAAGACAAGUCAAGGCUGCGAUGGAAGCGAGAAGUGCCAUGCAUAUACUCAAUGCUCCAAGCAUCAAAAGUCUGAAAUAUGCAAUCCGAUCUGGUCUCAUCAAGAACUGUCUUAUCACCAAAGAAGCGAUCAACCAUGCCAAAGCAAUCUUCGGACCUGACGCCUCUACAUUGAAAGGCAAGUCAACAAGACCAACUCCGAAGAAGACGUACGACAACUUCUUCAGUCCACCAGAGGAAUUAUAUCAGCACAAUCGAUCUACUACCGUCUGUAUUGAUCACAUGGAGAUCGAGAAUGCUAAGUUUCUCACCUGCAUCGAUACCACUGUGCGAUAUUGCUCAUGUAUUCCCGUGCAGAACCUGAAGACUGACCCUGUAUUUGAAGCAUUGGAUGUAAUAUUCCGCCCCUAUAACAAGGUAGGCUUUCAAGUCAAGAUGAUCAAGUGUGAUUGGAUUUCAUUCCUCUCAUGGAUGAUGUACUAG